CGUAAAUGCAAUUGUGCUCAGUUUGACUUUUGUUGUAUCGUCAAAGAACUACCUAUCCCCUUUCUCCUGUAACAGUUCUGGCCAUUUCCUCAAGGCUUGCGUGCACCAUGUCGAAAGACAAAAUGGAUUCUCGUUUUGGGAUGAUCGCCAACGACCCCAGGUUCAAGAAAGUACCGAAAUCCAGGAAUAAGAUCAAGCUUGACAAGCGCUUCAAGGAUGUUGUGACGGACACAAAAUUCACCAGCAAGUACACCACUGACAAACGAGGCCGAGUCCUUGGUGGGAGUGCCCAGGAGGAUUUUAGAAAGUUCUAUGCAGUGUCUGAGAGCGAUGAUGAAGAUGAUGACGACGAUGAGGAGGAGAAGAAAGAAAGGGAUGUUGAAGAAGAGCAAUCUGAUGACUCUGAGCAGAGUGGUGAGGACGUGUGCGAGGCGGGUGAGGCCAGUGGAUCUGAUGAUGGUUUCUGGGCCCGAGCCCGUGGAGAAGCAACUGUCGACUCAUCCAGUGAUGAUGAGGAGGAAGCGCCUUUAGCAAAACCGGAGAUUGUUCACGAUUGGGCUGAGUUUGAUGCUAAUGUUGAGCACACGGAGGAACUGUCGCGUCGCUUGGCCGUAUGCAAUGUUGACUGGGAUCGUGUCUGUGCCAAAGAUCUGCUCGUAUUGCUCAACUCGUUUGCUCCCAAAGGCGGCAGCAUCAAGUCCAUCACGAUUUAUCCAUCAGAGUAUGGAAAGGAGCGACUAGCAAAGGAAGAUGUGAUGGGACCGUUUGAGUCAAACCAACAAGCUACGGGCAAGAGCAAAGCUAGGAACUCUGCUGCGGCUGCUGCUGACAGCGAGGAUGAUGAGGAAGAUGAAGAUGAUGAGGAAUUAGAAGAGGAGAGUGGUGAAGAUGAUGGGGAAGAGGACAGUGCAAAAGAAGAGGGAGAGGAUAGUGAGGCUGAAGUAGAUGCAAGUGGCGACGAAGAAGCGGAGGAUGACGACGACGAUGAUGAUGAUGGUGAAGAUGCCUAUGGAAGUGAUGAAUUUGAUGAUGCCGAAAUGGACGAUGACUCUGAUUCAGAUGACAAUGAAGAGAAGCCAGAUGAUGCCAUGGAGAAGAUUCGUCAGUACCAGCUCAACCGCCUGAAGUACUACUAUGCCGUAGUGGAGUGCAACUCUAUCGGCACUGCAUCCAAGUUGUAUGACGAGUGUGACGGUAUGGAGCUGGAACUAAGUCAGACCCGUCUGGAUUUGAGAUUUGUUCCCGACGACAUGACGUUUGAUGAUGAGUACAAGGAUCACGCCACCGAGAAGGACUUGGCUGGUGGCUACGAACCGCUGACGUUCUUCUCCACUGCUCUGCAGCAGAGCAAGGUCAACAUGACCUGGGAUGAGACUGAUGUUGGUCGUCUCAAGGCAACCAUGAGAAAGUUCACAGCUGGUGAUAUCCAGGACAUGGACUUCAAGGCAUAUCUGGCAUCCAGCAGCAGUGAAGAAGAAGAAGAGGAGGACGCCAGUUGUGACGACGAGAGUGCUGCUGAGGAGGAAGAUGCAGAGGUCACGUCACCGGCGACAUCCUCUGCCACUAGAGCCGCCGUCCCCCGCAAGUCCCAUGGCCAGGCUUCCAGUGGCGACUCUACGAACGGUAGCUCUACUGGCCCUCAAGCCACCACAUCACGCGCCAAGGCUGCCAAGGCUGGCAAGUCAUCCAAGGGAUCAUCAGUACGCGGUGACAGCGUUGCGCCGCCAUCCAGCAGUGCUGCAGCCAGUGGCCAAGGCAGAAAGUCCUACAACAAGUACAGAGCUCUAAUGGCUGACAUUACAGCCAAGGAGGAUGCUGAGGACAAGGAGCAAGAGCUGGAGGUCACAUUUGAGUCGGCAUUCGGUGCUGAUGAAGCUAGCGAGAAGAGCAAGAAUGAGAAGGACUCUGACCUAACAGCAUGGGAGCAAUAUCAGAAAGACAAGAGACGGAAACAGCGGCUGCGGAAGAAGAAGGCUGCUAAGGGUGAAGCUGGAGAUGACAGCGACAGUGAUGAGGUGCCACAGGACUUUGAUUUCAACGAUCCUUUCUUCGCGGGCGAAGAUACAGCCCUGUCCAAGAAAGAUUCAAAGAAGAAGAAGAAAAAGCGAGGACUGACAGAAGAAGAGCAGAGAGAGGAGGCUGAGCUCAAACUGUUGAUGGUCGACGACGAACAAGACGAGAAGAAGCACUUUAGUUUGAAGCGUAUACAAGAGCAGGAGAAACUGGAGGCAAUGGGCUCCUCCAAGAAGAAGUGGAGGAAGAAGAGAAAGCGCGAGGAGGAGGACGAGGAUGGUGCAAACGCCCAGCCGGAGUUCAAGAUGGAUAACGACCCGCGUUUCUCUGCGAUAUUCUCCGAUGCCAAGUUUGCUAUCGACCCCUCUGCACCGAACUUCAAGAAAACUAAAGUCAUGGAUGAUUUGGUUAAGGAGCGUCAUCGUCGACGCAUCGAUCAGCGAGAAGAAGCGGAAAAGCAGGAAAUUGAGCGCCAAUCUAGCGGCAAGACUGCGGGCCAGCAUGCGAUGUCAGCUCUUAUCAAGUCGACCAAAAGCCAUUCGCGAAGCUUCAAACGAAAGUCUUAGCUCUACACCGCGUGUACACACUCAGCGAACUGUUGUUCUCAUUCUAAUGAUUCUUCUCCUAAGGCUCAUCACUGUUGUAGUAAACUGUAUGUGGUCUCUUUGAUCUUUGAAGAAAGUCCCUUUACCAGAGUGCCAAUAAUUUUUUGAAGAUUUGCUCUCGCUUUCUGGCAUUUGCCGAGUUUUCUUGUGAAUACAUUGCUGGCUGUGCUGCACAUAUGCCUCGUCUGGAACUGAACCCAACAGAUGUGUUUGGGUGCAUACUACUUAAGUACAUACACCCACUGCACAAGGCAGAUCAGUGAAACUGCAAGAAGUCGCAAGCCGGCCAUGGUCUGCUGACCUGGAACUGUGUGUGUGUGUGUGGUGUGAUCCUAUUCUAUGCCUGGUCAUGGCGAGAUAGUAAUUGUUACUAAUUGCCGUCCUCAGUAGCGUGCACUACCCAAAGCUUGUUGACACAAUUACAAGUCACCUGCA